AUGUCGAAGUUCAACUCUGGGAAGAGGAUACUGAUAAGUGAUCCUGAUGAUCUAUUAAAUUCUACCACUUCAAAUGGUAGAGGAGUUUUUAAAGUAUACGGUGAAGAUAAGGAAGUAACUGCAAUUGAACCUUAUCUAAUCAUUAAGCAUAGUUGUGAUAAUGGUAUUAUUAAAACGAAUUGCACAAUCACUGAUGAAUAUCCAAUUCCAAAAGAAUAUAUUGGAAGUAUGAAAAAUAUAACUGUCACCGGACAGGUGGCAUGCAGUGAUCGGUCACAAAAAGAUAUUGAAAUACAACUAUGGGAACGUGACACCUUGGAUCCGGAUGAUUUGCUAAAUACGACAAAAACGGAUAAUCAAGGACGUUUCCGAAUAUUUGGACAGGAAAAUGAAGUGAAUAAUAUUGAACCGUAUCUAAUAAUUAUACACAGCUGUGAUAAUGGUGUCAUUAAUCCGAAAUGUUCAAUAAAAGAUCGAUAUGAAAUACCACGAAAAUAUGUUGGUGACACUUACAAUAUGGGCAUUGUAAGCUUAAAUAUUGUAAAGAGACGACAAAAGAAUUGCGUUUGA